GAGACGCUCAGGUGGAGUGAGAUGAGCCGGUAGUGAGCUGGGCUUCACCGCGGGAGGAGAGAGAGAGAGAGAGAGAGCUGUACCGUAAGAAACGCCCACCUGUCCUUCAGUGGUCAAAUCCUGAGGAAUCAUGUGGGUUCUGGAGAAAAUCCGGAGCUCAGUGGAAAACAAUGCUCCCCGACCAGGUGAGACUGGAGACAAACAGGACAAAGCACCCAUCUACAGCAAUGUUCUCACGCCUGAUAAGAUCCCGGACUUCUUCAUCCCUCCGAAGCUGGUGAGCUGCCCACCAGAUACUGAAACACCAGACGUGAAGCCCAAGGAAUGUCUACGGCCUUCCUCCUCCGAGCAGACCAUCGGCAACAAAAUCAGCAGCCCUCGAAGUCCUCGUCUGGUUAGCAAACUAGCUGGAGACACCAAAAACCUGCUAAGGGCUGCCAACCGCCACAUCAUUCAGAUCGAGAGUGCGGAUGAUGUCAUUGCUGGAGACACCAAUGCUGACCCUCAGUCUCAGACAGCUAUGUCUUUGUCAUAUAUUCCAAAGACUCAGACUUCCUAUGGAUUUGCUACACUAAUGGAGAGUCCCCACACUCGCCGGAAAGAGUCGCUCUUUCAUUGUGACCACACAAGCCCUGUCACUUCCCCCAAUACCCAGCGAAAGUCGGCAGGCAAGACCAGCAUUGAAGUUACCCAUCUGAACCCUCUCGAUUGCAGCACAUCCCAUAUCAACCCAUAUCGCUACUUUAGUGGGGGCGAGAGUGACACAUGCUCCUCGGCUGAGUCCUCCCCUUUCAGCUCGCCCCUGCUGUCCCGCUCUGCCUCCUUGCUCAAGAUUUUCACCCAUGAGACUCAGGCCAAAGUGGUCAAAGCAAAGAGAACAUUCGCUCGGCAUAGUUCACUCUCCACAGAUGAGUGCAGCUCCGCAGAACCCAGCCCCAGUGUACCUAGGAGGCUCCACUCUCCUGCAGGUGGUGGUCCUCUGGAACAUCAGCAUGGGAAGGACCGACAACAAAAGGAGCACUUGAUCAACCUCCACAAGGGAGGCGUGCUCCGGCUCUGCGCUGAUUAUGACCCAGGAACGGCGCGUUUGCGCAUCCGCGUCAUUGCAGCCGAGGACCUUUACGACCAGACAUUUGACAUAAAGAGCAUUAACUGCUGUGUGUCACUCUACCUCAACCCAGGCAAGCAGCAAAAGCAGAGAAGCACUAUAAUCAAGAACAGCCGCAAUCCCGUGUUCAACGAGGAUUUCUUUUUUGAUUCUGUGAGCUCGGCUCAGGUGAAAAGCCUAGCUCUGAAGAUCAAAGUGGUGAACAAGGGCACUAGCCUGAAAAGGGACAGCCUAGUAGGAGAGAGAGAGGUUCCUCUGGGGAAGCUGUUGUCUGGUCUUUAAGCCUGUAUAAAAGCUCAUGAGGGCUUAGUGAUUUGAAAGGAUGACUAAUGUAGCUUAAAGUAAAUAGCUAAUCCUGUUACCGUGUAGUAUUAGCAGCAGUUCAUUUAACAGUGACAUGUUUAUUAAUAACUACAAAUUACAUUGUAGCUCAGCCUUUAAUAAUGUGUAUGUAUAAAUCUGAAUCUGGUAUAAAUAGAACAGAAAUUGUCUCAACUUUGCAUGUCAUAUACCAAAACAAACCCUGCCAGUGAAAAGUGUUAAAAAAACAUACUUAUUUUACCUAUUUUAAAUAUUUGAAAGUUUGAAUAAGGAUGAGUGACUUUAGGUAUGUUAGAAAUUACUUUUAUUGAACAGUACAAAACCAUAUCAUUCUGAUCAAAGCAUAAAGUAAAAUAUUUAGGGUCUCAUUGGGAUCAUAGAGCAACCAAUUUUUCACACAGAUUUUGGUAUUGUGAACUGUGUAAAAGCAUAUACUGCAGGUGUUUAAAAGAUGUGCAGUGCUAUUUUAUUGUUCUAUGCUUGUUGUGUAAAGUGAUGCAGACAGAACAUUUGCCUCUUGAUAGGAAAAAAAAAUCUUCUAUGAAUGCCAGGGCCUUUGAACUCCUACAAUGAUGCAGUGUGCAAAUGUCAGCUUUGAUCCUGGAUGCAUCAUCCAGCUAAUUUGCAGGAUGAAUAAACAACCUGGAGGACAUUGCAUCACCCUGUCCGACACUGUCGUAUGCUUAACACUUUUGAACGGUUUUGUGAGACCCAAAAGCCUUAAUGAUUGAGGUGAACAUUUGCAUGUUUUCACCAAAAUUAUUUGGACUGUGUUAUACUGACUAUGACUUUAUUCAUUUGUUGUGACUAAUUUUGGUUGUUAUAUAGAAAAUAUGAAAUUACAGAUUGAUUGUUUUUAAAUUCGUUUUGUAAAUGGAUUUUUUUUCCUGCGCACAAAAUACAUUUAAUGGAUAGAGUGACAAUGGGGAACUAAGGAAAGUUAAUUUAAGCAGCAUUAUAGUUAAAAAAAAAAAAAAACUAAUGGUAACAUAAUUUAAGUAAUGAAUACUUCUGUUUUUUAAGACACAUAGUAAAAAUAUAUUAUUUGACAUAUGGUGGUACUGUCAUUAACUAAACUCUCAGGAAAUAGGAGUACAAUUAUUAACGUAAAUGAUAGACUGUUUGACUGGGUUUUGGUAAAAUAUUAAAUUAUUAAGAAAACCCUUGACUGUAGCUCAGCAGUUGUUGUGACAGCCUUCAUUAAAAUCUCCUCAAACAGAGCACACUGGUGUGCAAAUUAUCCCGUUAUUAUUUCCUGGAAGGCAGCUUAAUUAAACAAGCUGAAACUUGUCAAGUUUUUCUUUUUGUGAUUAAAAAACAGUUUCAAAACCAUUGUGGUUUUUAAAACAGUGCUGAUAUUUUCAGUUAAUGUUAAUCCUUUUUGUUAUAAAUAGGUUUUGAUCAGAGAGUCUCUCUUCUAUUCAAGUCUUCCUGUUAUUACAGGUUUUUAAGUGCCAAUCCAAUAUACUUGAUGUGUAAAUUGUUUUCAUGUUUAAUGCUGGAUUCUAGUUUUUUGUGUUUGUAAUUUAUGUGAAUUGAUUUUGUGACCAAAAACCUGUAGAUUAAACUGUGAAAUGUAGAAUGGAAAAUUUGAUGUGCUUUCUACUGUAUGUGGCAUGCUGUCCACAUUUUUGCAUGAAUACUACAACAUACUGAUGUAUAUGCUGCUAAGCAUUCAAUGGAAAACUGCAGG